CAAGAGCAACGCAGACAAAGCUUGUCCCUUCAACUGUCAAACAACAACGCAGACGACCCCCUCUCUCUCCAAAAUCGAAACUGAUCAUACAAACAAAAAGAGAGAACUUAAUGUUGGUGCAGAUUAUGUUGAGUUAGCUAGCCUUAAACAUCUCAUCUUCAAUUCCACCAAAAAUCACACACACACACACACACAUAUAUAUAUAUGAGCGGCGAAGGAGAAGGAUGGGGAGGGUGGCCGGCUCCGCCGCCGCUGUAUCUAACAAAAGACGAGCAGUGGAGCCACUUUGACGACUCCGUGUAUGCAGUCUCAUUCGGCUUCGUCGCCACCGCCAUUCUCAUCUCCAUGUUUCUCCUCAUGGCCAUUUUCGAAAAGUUCCUCAGAACCACCUCGCCUCCCGAUCAUCUUAUUGCUGCCGAAUCCGAUGCCAAACCACCCUACCACCCUUCUCCUAAAGCAAUGGAGGUUUAUGUGGUGAUGCCGGGUGAGAAUGUUCCGACCUUCAUUGCCCAUCCAGCUCUCGACUGCGCGGCCCAUGAUGCAACCAACAUUCUAGUGUCAUCAACAUGUUGAAAGGCUACUUUUUUUUGCUUUGCUUUCACAGAGAUUGUGUCAUUGUGUGUGUGUGUUUCUUUUGUAAUGUUAUGCUUUUGCUGGAACUAAUUUGGUAAAAUAAGUAGAAGACUUUAGAGGUUAUCGAUAGAUGAGAUUAGGUCAUCGUUCAAUUUAACAUGUAUAAACAUCCAACCAAUGAAAAUGGGCUCAUUUUUAA